AGGGUUUAUUGCCUCGCUUCGAGACACAUCCACUCCCGCACGCCGUUCCCCACCCACCUCUCCCGCGACGAAUCGGCGGCGGCGGCGGCGAGUUCCCCUGCGAGCCUUGGUGUUGAGGACGUGUGAUGGCGGGCAUGGGCGACAUGCCCAUGAGGCCGGCGCGGCCGGGCCCGCCGCUGCAGCACCGGGGGCCUCCGCCGAUGGCGCGCCUCCGCCCUGAACCCAUCGACCGCGAGAAGACCUGUCCUCUCCUGCUCAGGGUCUUUACGAGGGUUGCUGGCCAUCACCAAAAUGAAGAGUUUGCUGUCAGAGGGAAAGAACCAAAAGAUGAAGUUCAAAUUUAUACAUGGAAGGAUGCCACGCUCCGUGAGCUCACUGAUCUCGUGAAAGAGGUUGCUCUUCCAGCAAGGAAAAGAAACGCUAGGCUUUCUUUUGCAUUUGUGUACCCAGACAAGAAUGGUCGUUUUGUUGUAAGACAGGUGGGUUCAACAUUCGCAUAUGGUCAUGGAAGAGGGGAUGAUGCCAAAACUCUUGCAGAGCUUGGUUUCCAGAUUGGUGAUUACUUGAGCGUUGCGAUAAUGUAAACCAUGCCCAUGCUGAACUUGACGAAUGCCAGUGCUGAAAUCAACGACUGCACUGGACGUAACUGCUGUGAUGUCAAAAGCCCUGGGUGGCAAGGGGUGAAUCUCUGUUAGCACUAGGGAAUCGGACCAAAAUUCUCUGUAAUACUUGUACUGUCAAGGCAUUUUGAACCCUCAAGGCGUCUGGUGUGAUUGCUUGUUAAUAUGGUACUUAUCUGUGGUGCCUGGAGUUUACAAAUAUGAACAUCGUACGUUUUUUUUUCCAAUUGUAAUGUGCCUAUGGUUCCAUGCUGAGUAGGGCUGACUGAUAUUCCAAAGCCAACAAGUACUUGCCCCGAUCUGGUAACA